UAUAACACAAGCCACCCCUUCGUCUUCCUCCUCUCCCUUCUCUCGCGCACCCCUUAAAUGAAAUUAGGGCUUUUCGGUUGUCAACUCGGAGUUGUCGUGCCCCACAACGCCCGAUUGUCGUUGCAGGAUUAUAGAGCGUACCGAGAACGUAAAAAAAAGCAUCGGCUGCUGAAACCCGACGCCACAAUUCACCACAACCACCAGUGUCACACUUUGAAAGAUCGUUUCUAUUUUUCUUUCAUCAACUAAGUGGCACAACUAGAUGGAGGACUGGGAGGUUGAGCAAAUUCCACCUUUCCUUACGAAGGAGCAACCUAAAAAUAAAUGGGAUGAAGAAGAUGCGGAUGUCAAUAACGUGAAGGAAUCAUGGGAGGAUGAAGAUGAACCUACACCGGCACCUGAAGCAAAAACUCCAGCUGGAAAGGCCCCAAAGAAACCUGCAGUGAAAGCUACCGGGAAGAAAGUGAAAACUGUUGAAGUAGUAAAUGAAGAGGCAGUAGAUCCUGUAGCUGAGAAACUUCGCCAGCAAAGGCUGGUGGAAGAAGCAGAUUAUAAAUCCACUCAAGAACUGUUUGGUAAAAGAGGUGACGAGAAUACCCUUGAUAAUUUUAUUCCCAAAUCAGAGAGUGACUUCUUGGAAUAUGCCGAGCUCAUAUCACGGAAGCUGCGUCCGCAUGAGAAAAGUUUCCAUUACAUUGGUUUACUCAAAGCUAUAAUGAGACUAUCAGUGACUGCUUUGAAAGCAGCAGAUGCAAAAGAUGUUGCAUCUUCUAUCAACGCAAUUGCGAACGAAAAGCUGAAUGCAGAGAAGGCUGCGAAUGCCGGUAGAAGGAAGAAACCCACUAGGAGACAGCAGAUCCAUGUGGACAAGGCAUAUGAUGAUUUAGCUGUUAAUGGCUAUGAUCCUCUUGAUGACGAUGAUUUCAUGUGAUUGUCUGCGUCCGUCCCACCCAAAGAAAUGGGAUUAAGCAUUGGAAACAUUGACGCAGGGAUAAAAAGAUGCCUCCCAGGGAUUGAUUCGAGUGCUAUUGCUGCAUUUUGUUGAAUAAGAUAAUGUGAUGCGUGGUGUUAUGCAUUGUAAAAAUUAUACCUACUUGAACCCUUGGCGGAGUUUGAUAUUUGCUUUAUUGGUUAAAAUUGGUAAUUUUUUAAUCGAAUUAUUCUUUUCAAUUC